AUGCAAAAAGGGAAAACUGCCGAAAAAUUCACGACAGAAAUUGACAAUUUACGAAAGCUUUUGGAAGCUUCGUAUAUUGACGAAGGCCUAUCAGCCGAACAUGCUGACAAAUUCAGCACUAAAGAAGCCAUUAACGCAAUGGUUAAAAAUUGUGAACACGGAAAGUUAAAAACAAUCCUCGAGGCAGGCAAUUUCAAAACAAUGGAUGAAGCCGUCACAAAGUAUAUACAAUGUAGUACCGAAAUGACAGGCAAUCCCAAUUCAAUAUUGCUCGCCCAAAGGGGCCGUGGUAAUUAUAACAACAGGAAUAAUUAUCGCGGUAGAGGCAAUGGUAGAGGCAAUGGUCGAGGUUAUUAUAAUAAUAAUAAUUAUAAUAACAACAACCGCAAUAAUGGCCAGAAUAAUAAUUACUAA